AUGAAUGGACAAGUGAUAAAAAAGAAUGACCACGUGGAGCACCCAUUGAAUACAACGGAAGAUACGGCAUCCACAUCGGCCGCAACGCUAUCCAUGACCAAUACUUUGGAUGAAAGCCAAAAGAGAAACAUCGCGAAUCUCUCCAACAGUCUUUCGACGACUAUCGGCAGUGAUGACAGCCGCACCAAAUCAUGGAUAACCAAGAACAAUUGUAGGGAACUUGUGCCAUCUUUAUCGUCCCGUGAAAUCAAAUCGGAUCUCCUUUCGUCUUUCUAUCAUCUUGCGGACAUGUUCGUUUGUGGUUCGCUGGAAGAUGAUGUGGAUCAUCGGCACACUGUGCUAAAAGAAACCACGAAAACGAUUGACAUCAUCCGUGUGCGUGCACCAGAAGCAACGCAGGAGCUGGUGGAUGCACUUUUCUCCAUGUUGACGAUUCGAAACAACCUUCUCGAUGUUGCAGCAGAGUCGGCAAUUUCCAUUGCAACCUUUCUCGAACAGGGAUUGACACCAAAGGACCGCACAUAUAUUGUCCAAAAGGCGGAAGAAAACUCGAGCAGCCUCAUAUCAGUUUUGAGCACAGCCUAUCUGACGUCGGUGAAAUCGCUCUCCAACAAAGACCCGAUGGAAAGCUUAUUUACCAUUGCAUCUGCGUCCAAGUUCAUCCAACGCAAAAUGGUCAAGCGACGAGGAGCUAACCUAGCCGUCGCUCGCUGUCUGCGUGAGUCAGAUUAUUGGAAGAGAGCAGGAGCCUUGGACUUUUGUGGACUGGUCUUCGAGGAUGAUGCAUCUGUACAAAGUUUGAUCUCAAUGGGGGAAGGAGAAAACCUUGAAAUCCUUGUCGAUGGAUUGAUCAAAAGAGUGUAUGAUGACACAGUGGUUCAAGAUCAGCUGGCAGCCAUUUCCAUUGUCUCUAAAGUUCUUUCACUGAAUUGUCACGUGGAAAAGACGCUUCAAGCAUUUCAUUCGGUAGCGUUCCAUAGUACGUCGAGAGAUGCAGUUAUCGUCGCGGCGGAUGCUUUCUGUAGCUACGUUAAAAAGAAUGGAGACCUUUCCUUGGAGCAUCAACUGGCUCUUAUCGGCUUUGCAACACUUCCACAGAAAGAAAUCCGCCGCGUGGCUUUGGUCACCCUUCAGUCCCAUACGAACAAUGCUUGCAGUGUUGAAUUGCUCAACAAAUCAGAUACAAUAGACGCCUUACUUUCAAUCAUUCUCCAUUCACCUGUACAUGGAGACGGUAUCAUUGCAUUGGAUAUUGUACGUCAAAUGGCUCGGUCAAGAGUUCACCACACCAACUUGUGCCGCCACCCAACAUUCCUCAGCACUAUUGUUUCGAUGGCGGAUUCGACAGACACACCAAAUCCACUCGCAAUCGAAAUUCUCGUUGCCCUCGUGUUGAACCAAGAGAACAAGGAUGCAUUUUUGCGAACCCCAGGCCUUUUUAAGUGGCUGGCAAAGUUUGUUACAGCCCAUCCAACAGGUGGCAAUGUUCAAGAGCAAUUCCUGUCCGUUAUUCUUUUCCUCACGCUGAGUGGGACAUGA